AACUCCCAUUCCCACCUUACUCUAUCAAAACACCCGAUUUCUUAUAUUUGGAUCAACACUCCGGUAAUUUGGCAACUCCCUAUUUCGCUCUUGCUUCUUCUCCUUGCCGGAGCUCCGAUCAGUGUGCUGCGCCGCGCCGCGCCCGCUCGCUCGACGGUAUUGCAGAGCACCACUCCCCUGUGCGGAGGAGCUUCCGUUGCCCCUGGCUUCCCUCCGCCGCCUUCGAAGCUGUACAAAUCGAAAGAGAAAUUCAGGCAAACAACGAUGCAAGCAAACAAGUACGGACUGCAAAUCAGGGUUCCGAAAUCCCAGCAAAAGCAGCAGCAAGCCAGAACAUUGGUCCCCAAACCCUCUGCUUUCAACGACGACGACGACGACGAUGUGGAGAGAGAAAUUUCUCGCCAAGCUGCUAAGAAGAAGUCCAACAAAGAGGUUGAGGAUCAGUACAAGAAAGCGUUAGAAGAAGACCCUUCCGUAUUUGACUAUGAUGGUGUUUAUGAUGAUAUGAAAUCGAAAAUGGUUCAGCCGAAAGCCGAAGAUAGACAGCAGCGCCAGCCAAAAUACAUACAAGCGCUGAUGGAGAAAGCCAAAAAACGGGAAAGAGAACAUGAGGUUGUUUAUGAGAGGAAGCUUGCAAAAGAAAGAAACAAAGAGGAUCACCUUUAUGCAGAUAAAGACAAGUUUGUCACCGGUGCUUACAAAAGGAAGCUUGCUGAGCAGGAGAAAUGGAUGGAGGAAGAACGCUUGCGUGAGUUACGUGAAGAGAAGGAUAAUGUGACCAAGAAGAGUGACCUAGCAGAUUUUUAUUUCAACCUAUCAAAAAAUGUGGCAUUUGGUGCUGAGGAAAAGUCCAAGAAGUCAAGUAGAGAAGACAAGGAGCCAGCACCUUCCAGAGAAGAGUUCAAACAACCGGGGAACCCAGAAAAGGAAACAGACUUAAAUGAAAGAGUCGUGGGCCAUCCGUCCCCCAGCUCAGCGGUAGUCUCACCUUCGAGAUUGGAUGAUAGAGUUAAAGGAGAAGCAGCUGCUGUUGCUCCUGAGGUAAGACAAGACCCAUCUGCAAACCCGGCACCUAACCCACCUGCAAACCCGGCACCUAACCCACAACUCGUUGAUCAGCCUAAACAGGACCAUCAUAAGAAAAGUCAGGAAGCUCUUGCAGCGGCCAAAGAACGUUUCUUGGCAAGGAAAAAGGCAAAGAUGGAUUACUAAUUCUGAGAUCAGUAGGUUAAGGUCCAAUGUAGUGUUUUCUGGAAUUCUGGGUUAACUUUCAAAAAUUUCAUAAUGUGAAAUAUAUACACAUUUCAGAAUCACUUUCACAAUCAGCUCGUGUAUGCUCAACAGCUUCUAGAGUGUGUUUGUAACAAAUGUAUUUACAGUAUAUGAUUACAUCUUCUAUGAAGGUUUUCACCGGUUACUCAAGCA